AGCCACUUGGGACGGCCAUACGGACACCGACAGCGACGACAAUGGCAGAAAACCGCACCCAGCUACCAGCCCUCCCAUUCGAGGUCGUCAGGCGCAUCAUCCACUUCCGCCUCGCCCUUCCGCAGACCUAUCCCGCACCAAUCGCACCCCGCGCGCAGUAUCGCCCUGCAUGGGACGCAUGGACCGGCGCGCGGGGCAGAGAGGUGGAAUCGAACAUGGUGGCUGAACGACGCGAUGUCGUGCGGACGGCUUGGGGACUUGUCACGGUCUGCAAGGCGUGGAAGGCAGUGGUGUUGCAAUACCUAUACGCGUCCCCGAACAUUACGACCAACCUCCAGCAACUGACGUUUUCAGUCCUCAAAGGCGAUGCCAAAUGGUCAGACAUCAAUCUCCAUGCAUUCUCUCUUCCCGGGAGACACGUCACUACUCUCGAUCUAUCGCAUAUCCCGCUGGAGGUGCAUAGGACGGUGGUGAAACAGUCUUGCUUGGCUCUUUUCCCGCUCCUGCCCAACGUCACGCAUCUCAAGCUGGGUGAAAGGGAGACAAAGUGCAUUCCGCUUGAGGAGAUUGGGUGGGCAGCGUUUGCAAAAGUGUUAAAGUGUUUGCAAGGGGUAUGGGUGGAUGAGCGAGAAGGAAUGGGACGAGAGCUCGUUGGGCUUUUGAAAAAGCUGCCGAAUCUCGAGGUGCUGGGUGUCGUUGGCCCUGGUAUCAGCGUAGAGCCAGGUGAGACCAGCGAACAGCGGCCUUUGCAACUCUCUCUGCCGAAACUUCAUACCUUCAAAUUGGAGGGUGUCCCCAGUGGCGACCUUGUCUCCACCUUACUCACGGCCUCCCUCCCGUCUCUUACCCGUCUGAUCCUCACCCCUACUCCGCUCAUGCCAUUCGACCAGAGUCUCGCCCUCCAGACGACCCUCGGCCCUCAAAUUCGUUCCCUCACCUACCUUGCACCCCGAGGCUGGCCCCGGGCCGAUACAGCCAUCCCGCCAGACACGCUCGACAUACACCCCGAGCUCAUCCAUCUCGCAUGUCUGGACGGCGACUUUGAGGGACUGGACGUCCUCCUUCGCUCGCCGGCAUCUACAAACCAUCCUCUCAGGGUGUUGACUGUCCCAAAAUGGAGUCCGUCCUGCAACUCUUCAGACCAAUCUACUUCCCCCCCUGUAACACCUUUGAACCUUUUCCCAUCACAUCUCCUCACUCCACCUCCAUCUCCUCCCUACCAAUCUUCCACCGACUCUUCCCUUCCUGGGCCCCCCUUCCUCAGAACAUUAUGUUCCCGUUCCUCCACCCAUCCUAACCACCCUGGCCAAACCGGCGACGGCCCUCAGAUAAAAAUGAUAGUGAUCGACGGAUUCAAAUGGGUGAAACCCACCCUCGGACGAGCAGCCAUGGGUGCAGGCCAGUCAGGGGAAAUGAGGUAUUGGUCAGGUGUACUGGCCAGGAAGGGGAUACAGCUGUAUGAUAUGGAGGGUGAGACGGCUCCCCCGGUGGGGAAUCAUAGUCCGGUAGGGUAUGUUACAGGAGGGAGGGGAGCGGGGAGGAGAAGGAGUAGUAGUAACUCGGUGAUGAAUUUUGGGAUGGGGAUGAGAGGUAGGCCUAGUACGCCUAGAGAGUGGGGUGGGUGUGAUGAAGACGGAGGGUGAACAAUUGUACCUAGUAGCGCACGUGUACAUCCUGUUGCUGAGAAUACCGUGUACCUUGUUGUGCAUACUGUAGCCUAUUAAUUAAAGCAUGUAAGAGACUUUUGUAGUAUAGUU